AUGAAGGCCUUCAUCCUGCUGUCGCUGUUCGUUGCCGGCGCGCUGGCCGGCGUCGAGGAGAACGUUUGGCUGUCCAAGCAGAUCCGCGUCGACGGAGGUGAGAGCGCGAACUACAAUGGCCGCAUCGUCGGUGGCUCGACUGUUCCGAUCAGCCAGUUCCCGUACCAGCUGUCGCUGCGUCAGAACGGCAACCACAUCUGUGGUGCCUCGGUUAUCUCGGGCACCUGGGCCUUGUCCGCGGCUCACUGCACCUUCCCGAUGCCCGCCGUCAACUCCAUCACCUUCCGUGGUGGCAGUGAGAGCCGCACCGCCGGAGGUACCAUCUUCCAGGCCGCCCAGAUCAUCAACCACCCGCAGUACAACUCGAACAACCUGAACAACGAUGUGUGCGUCAUCCGUAUCACCACCUCGUUCGUCGGUGCCAACAUCGCCUCGAUCCGUCUGGUCGCGAGCGGAGCCAGCUUCGGUGCUGGAACCAACAGCGUCGUCUCUGGAUGGGGUCUUACCACCCCCGGAGGAUCUCUCCCGGUCAACCUACACGCCGUCAACAUCCCAGUCGUCGCCCAGGCCACUUGCAGCUCGGCGUGGGGAGCAGGACGUAUCACUGCCGCCAUGGUGUGCGCUGGCCAGCAGGGCCGCGACUCCUGCAACGGUGACAGCGGUGGCCCGCUGGUUACCGGAGGACAGCAGUUCGGAGUCGUCUCCUGGGGUGCUGUGCAGUGCGGUGGACCCCUUCCGGGAGUGUACGCCAACGUUGGUAAUGCCGCUAUUCGCAGCUUCAUCAGCCAGAACACCGGAGUCUAA